CCAUUAAGCCAAAACUGCCGCCUAAAACCUCAUCGAGACAAACCAAGCCCGAGCCUCCGCCCCCGAAACCCCCCCACCCACGUAAUGACCCAGUAGUGGAGACAGUCACGCCCCCAAUUCCUGACGAAGUACUUAUUACUGCUUUAACAGACGCAACAGACGACGCUCCAGAAAAUAGCGAAUCGAGACAGAAUUUCUUGGACGACAUUGGCGUAAUGUUUGACGACUUGGUCCUCGAAUUUGACGAGAUUCUUAAAUAGUUAGUUUGAUAUGAAGGUUCGAGGGUUAUGCAAAUGUUGGAAAGAGACGACUCGUAUAUUUUGGUGUUUCUUGGGUUAAAUAUGGUCACCAAUUCGGAGCCGCUUCUUAGAACGACAAAAUGACUUAAACCGAGUUAGUAUUACUCCAUCGCCCUGAAAUGCCGGCGAAAUGAUUAAAUAUUGCCAUUGAUUAUUAGAGCAACUUUUGAAUAAGAAUUGUUGUAAAAUAUUCGAAAAAUUUGGCCCUACACAUUUUAAAAGGCAAGCGAGCAACGUUGUGUAAACAUUGCCGUUAACCUUAGGAUGAAAGCGAUCUAUGAUUUGUAAAGCGAUUUCUUGAGUUUGGACGGAUUUAACCGAAAUCAUUUUUAUUUUAUUUUUAUCUUGUUAAAUGGGCCGAAGAUGUUUCAUUGUGUUGUAGCUCCUCAGGCAGCGUUAGUUGUCCCAACCAUGAUUAAGUCCUACUUCGCCCUAAAUCAUUGUGUUGCGAAUUUUAUUUUAAUAUUUUCCCUUUUUUUGCUGCGUGUUUGAUUCGCCGAACGAAUGCAACUACAUUAUCGGUAAUUCAUGAGGUUUCACCACCUGAAUAAGCAGCAAUAAAACGUGCGUGCUUUGGUGUUCUUUAUGCGUUGCAUUAUAAACAGCCUUUUCACCCAGCGUUAUACGGUGUCCCUAAAUUUGCAUUAAAAAUCCCAUUACCAGGCAACCAAACAAUGUAAAAUUUUAUUAAAGGUUAAAUUUCGUUACACCGUAUAAGCUACACCUCUUUUUAACUUUUUUUGCUCUUUCCUUUUCGCUCCGGCAAUUCUAACAUCUUUGUACAUGGUUACCUUUUAAACUGUACGCCACGGGCCGCCCAAGCACUUUUAAUUUUCGCUGUAUCGUUUUUAUUUUCGGCGCCUAUAGUUCGACAUCCACGGUAUGCUACCAUGUAUGGUACACCCAUGGUUCUACACAUAAGGUACCUUAUUAUCGUGUACCGUCAUCUAAAUCACUUUGUACACUGGACCGGUUCAAAAAGAAUAAAUUUUAAACCUGCUAAA